AUGCUCUCCAAACUCAAAUCCGCCAUAUCCCCCCCACCCCCUCGCAAAGCCCCCAUCCCCAUCAAAACAACCUACACCUCCCUGCCCAUCACCCUCCCCCCAUCCUUCCUCACCACCCCACUCCCCGACGACGCCCUCCCCAUAACCAUAACCCCGAUCCCCUGGCCCCAAACCCCCCUCCCCGAAUACGCCCCCCUCUACGCCACAGUCCUCGAUAACGUCCUCUCCCCCUCCGAAUGCGCCCAACUCCUCCGCCUCGUCGAAUCAACCGUGCCCCCCCUCGGGGCGGAAGGCGCCGAACUGCGGCGCAGCGAGACAGAUCCGUGGAUGCCGGCGUUGGUAAAUGUGGGAGGGGGGUUUGAGGUGUUGGAGGCGGGGUAUCGGAAUGGGGAGAGGAUUGUGUGGGAUUGUCAGGAGGUGGUGGAUCGGGUGUGGGAGAGGUGUGUGGAGGCGGAGGGGGGGAGGUUGAAGGGGAGGUUUGCGAGGAUUGAGGAGGGGGAGAGGGAUUUGGUUGGGUAUUCGGCUGUUGUGGGAAGGGGGAAGGGGGAUAGGGGGGAGAAGGCGAGGAGGAGGGUGGAGGGGGGUGCUGGUGGUGAUGGGGAAGAGGAGGAGGAGGAAGAGGAAGAAGAGGCGUGGUGGGAGUUUUUGAGGGUGAAUGAGAGGAUGCGGUUCUUGAGAUAUGGGAAGGGCGGGUUUUUUAGACCUCACUGCGACUCACCCUACCGAGACGUCCAAGACCCCUCGCGUCGCAUCGUCACCAUGUUCACCAUCCACCUGUACCUCAACGACUCCAAGGCCGAGGUGCCCGGGGCAGACCUCGUAGGAGGGGCCACCACUUUCUUCUCGAACGACGAGAAGCGCAGGCUGGAUGUCCAUCCCAAGGCCGGGCGUGUGCUUAUCUUCCAGCACCGGAGACUCUUGCAUUCGGGGGAUGAUGUGCUGGCUGGGACAAAGUACACGAUGCGGACGGAUAUUAUGUAUGAGUUUAAGAUUAGGAAGAAGCGGAGGGGCAACGAGGAGGAGAGCGAUGUGGUUCAGUAA